GCCUGGUCGCCUUCUCCGGGCGCAUCCAGGGAACUCGCCCGGUCCUCCUUAAGCGGGGAGGCGGUCGGGGAAGCUCGGGCCGCGUCUCCCCGACUCCGCCCCCGGGGGUUGCCUUUCCCUUAGAAGGCCAAGCCCCGAGCCCAGCCUCUCGCCGGCUGGGAGUCGCGCGGUGCCACCCUCGCUGCCCAGGCCCCCGACGCCGCGGCCGGAGCCCCCCGAGAGCGCGGGAAGCCCCGCGGACCUCGCGCUCCCGGCUCGGGCGUGGACGGGGCGGGCGCCGGGGCGGGGCGCGCGUCCUCGCGGGUCUGAAUGGAAGGGUCGAGGUCGUCGGCGGCGGCGAGCAGAUCCUGAAGCCAGAACUCCACCCCGGCGCCCGCGCCAUGCGGCGGGAGAGGUGCGGCGCCCCCCACCCGCGUCGCCGCCAUGGAGGUGCUGCGGCGCUCCUCGGUCUUCGCCGCCGAGAUCAUGGACGCCUUUGACCGCUCGCCCACCGACAAGGAGCUGGUGGCCCAGGCCAAGGCGCUGGGCCGGGAGUACGUGCACGCGCGGCUACUGCGCGCCGGCCUCUCCUGGCGCGCGCCCGAGCGCGCCGCGCCGGUCCCGGGACGCCUGGCCGAGGUGUGCGCGGUGCUGCUGCGCCUGGGGGAUGAGCUGGAGAUGAUCCGGCCCAGCAUCUACCGCAACGUGGCGCGUCAGCUGCACAUCUCCCUGCAGUCUGAGCCUGUGGUGACCGAUGCGUUCCUGGCCGUGGCUGGCCACAUCUUCUCUGCAGGCAUCACGUGGGGCAAGGUGGUGUCCCUGUAUGCGGUGGCCGCGGGGCUGGCCGUGGACUGUGUGAGGCAGGCCCAGCCUGCCAUGGUCCACACCCUCGUGGACUGCCUGGGGGAGUUCGUGCGCAAGACCCUGGCGACCUGGCUGCGGAGACGCGGCGGAUGGACUGAUGUCCUCAAGUGUGUGGUCAGCACAGACCCUGGCCUCCGCUCCCACUGGCUGGUGGCCGCACUCUGCAGCUUCGGCCGCUUCCUGAAGGCUGCCUUCUUCGUGCUGCUGCCAGAGAGAUGAGCUGCCCACCUGGCAGUGGCCGCAGCCUGGCCCUCUGGGCCCCACGCAGGAGGCCCUCAGCACCCAACGCGUCUCCCUCCUCCCCACCCGAGCCUGAGCACUCUAACCUUCGGAGACCCCCUAAGCCCCGUCCCUCCGCAGACCCAGGCCCUCCGGAAGGGGUGAGCAGGGAGGGGCUUUCCUGAGCCUGGAGCUGGGCUUUGGGGCAGCCUGCGACCCUCCCCGCUGUGCCCCUUUUCCUGGGACCUCUGUGUUUUCCCUUUUCUUUCUGGGGCCAGGAAGUCAGGGUCAACUCCCAGGCCCCAGAUGAAGGGGCCCUGGAACACCUGCUCGCACCUGAGCCCCAGAUGAAGGGGCCCGGGAACACCUCUCACCUGAGCCCCAGAUGAAGGGGCCCGGGAACACCUCUCACCUGAGCCCCAGAUGAAGGGGCCCGGGAACACCUCACCUGAGCCCCAGGUGCAGGGGCCCGGGAACACCUCUCACCUGAGCCCGGGGGUCCAAUCCCAGGAAGAGGGGCUGUCUCAGGACAUGAGUCCUCGGGGCCCUGCACAUUCAAUCUGAAGGUGACCCUGGCCUGUGAAGCUGGAAGAGCCGCGGGGACUCAGCCUGUAAACACAGCGUAAGGCUCA